AUGGCGAGUCGUGCCAUCGUCUCAAAACUUGCGCCCUCACGAACAACCAUAUAUUCGAGAUGCCUUAAUGCUCAACGGUCCCUCCAAGUUCGCAACGUUGCGACGACGUACCUCAAGAAAGUUGCAGAGGGCGAGGAAAGAUGGAAAGAGAGGGCGGAAAAGAUUGAGAAUGGCGAGAUUCCACACACAUGGGAUGUUCUUCAAGAACGAGGAUAUAUCAAGGAUGUGGCAGGAUCCCCCGACAAGAUCAAGGAGAUUAUGCGAGUCAGGAGAAUAGGCUCCUACGUCGGUAUCGAUCCCACCGCCGACUCGAUGCACGUCGGUCACUUGCUACCCCUCAUGCCCAUGUUCUGGAUGUGGUUCCAUGGUUAUCCUGCUGUCACCUUGAUCGGUGGCUCAACUGCCCGCAUUGGUGACCCAACCGACCGACUCGAGAGCCGAACAAUUCUUUCCAAUGCCGAUAUUUCCAAGAACAUCACAAAAAUCCACGUCCAGCUGACGAAGUUAUGGAAAAAUGUCCACAUAUUAAAGCAGAAGUACGGAUAUGAGGAGGAUUGGGCUGCCACACAUCGUUUGUUGAACAACAACAUGUGGCUAGGAAACCUUACUCUUUAUGAUUUUGCCAAGAGGAUUGCCAGACAUACAAGAAUCGGACCUAUGUUGGCUAGGGAUACUGUUAAGCGAAAGAUGACUGAAGGAGACGGCAUGUCUCUCGGCGAAUUUAUGUAUCCCCUGCUUCAAGGAUGGGACUUCUGGCAUAUGUACAACAAACUUGGCAUUCAGAUGCAGAUUGGAGGCUCAGAUCAGUACGGCAACAUUACUGCUGGAAUUGAUGCCCUCAAGACUAUUCGUGAGACUGAAGAGGCACCUCACCUGAAGAUGCCUUCAACCUGGGACCAUGAGCCAGUAGGUUUCACCGUGCCGUUAUUAACAGAUUCUGCUGGCAACAAGUUCGGCAAAAGUGCUGGCAAUGCUAUAUGGUUGGACGAGUUUAAGACAACGGCAUUCGACUUGUACGGUUAUUUUGUUCGGCGGUCUGACGAGGAGGUUGAGAAUUUGCUCAAGAUGUUUACAUUUAUGCCUUUGGAGCAGAUCUCCAAGCUCAUGGAGGAGCACCGAGCGGCGCCCCAGGAGCGAAAGGCGCAGCACACCCUGGCUUUCGAAGUUCUUUCACUUAUCCACGGUUCUCAGAAGGCUGUUCAGGAAGCCAAGCAACACGAGUUCCGAUUUGGUACCAAGCUACCCAGCGGUAUUGUCAGCGAGCCUACUCCAGAUACUGGCAUCGUCACUGUCAACAAUGCCCCAAGAAGCGAUAUUCAACUUCCCCGCUCCAUCAUGAGCCUCUCGCCAGCAAAGAUUCUCCACGCUUGUGGUCUCGCAUCCAGUAGCAGUGAAGGCCAGCGUCUUCUCUCUGCACAGGGAGCCUAUAUCGCCGCGCAGCCUGGCCAGAAAAGGGGACUCGUCCCCGGUAACCUGUCCUGGACACCUAUGAAGGCUUGGUUCCCCGACGAGACUUCCAAGUUUCUCAUCGACGACCGCAUGCUCAUCAUGCGCAAGGGCAAGCACAACGUCCGAAUUGUCGAACUCAUCGGCGAUGAGGAGUGGAAGAAGAGCGGACAGAUCUACCCCGGCCAGCCCGGCACUGGUCUCAUGCGCAGAAUGAAAGAGGAGCUCAAGAAAGAUAUUGAACAGAAGGGUAAGGCGGUAUCAGACAAGGAACUUACUCAAAUUGCUCUGAGGAAGAAAGGCCAACUAAAGGUAGCCAAUAACUCAGAUAUUGAGCUGCCUAAUAAGCACGAUGUGCGUGAGAGGCGGGCUCGACUUACAUGGGAUAGGAGAGACAAAUGA